AGAAUGGGGAGAUGAAUGAAGGAUCGAUGGCUGUGUGGGCGAGGUGCAAAUGGACAGUUGCGAUGCGAUGAAGCCUCUCCUCCCCCAUUGCCCCCUCACAUUCUACCCCCCACUCGCAGAUAUUUCCUGCGAUCGCUUCCCUGUGUGAUCCAUCGCACCACCUCAAUCUGGUGUUUCGGUGGAGACAUGAGUUCCACGGAGAAGGUUCGGGGAUCGCACUUGUUGGUGAAGCACCAGGGUUCCCGCCGGCCGGCUUCAUGGAAGGAUCCCGAAGGGAGGAUUAUUCGUAAGACUACCCGCGACGAUGCUGUUGCCAAGCUGAUGCAGUUCAAGAGCGACAUCGAGAGCGGCAGAGCCACUCUCGCUGACUUAGCCACCCAGAACUCCGACUGCAGUUCCGCUAAGCGAGGCGGUGAUCUGGGAUGGUUUGGUCGUGGUCAGAUGCAGGAGCCAUUCGAGAGAGCCACAUUUAACCUCAACGUAGGGGAGCUCAGUGACAUAAUUGACACCGACAGCGGUUCUCACAUCAUUCUGCGCACCGGUUGAUCAUUCUGAGAGAUAUUUGUGUGGAGUGGUUGAAGGUGAACACGGAUGGUUCAAGGCAGGUUAGCUAGUGGUUGAGCUGUGCAUGCGUGCAGAGUGUAGAGCUGAACUAAUGAUACUAUUUACUAUCAUGUGCUGUGUGUCUGGAAAAUGCUAUUGGCACUUGGAAGCUUGGUCUCCACAAAAUUUGCUUUGAUAUGUAAUCCUCUUAGUAAUAUAUUAAAUCUACAUAAAUUAAGAACUAA